AUGUCGGACGCGGUAGAAAUUGUCGAUUUGACUCCAGCUCCGGCUGCAAACGUAGACCAUUCGUUAACAAGAAAAGCGAAGGAUAUAGCAGCUGGAUUCAUCGGUGGUGCCACGCAAGUUUUAAUUGGGCAACCUGCUGAUCUUGUGAAAAUCCGUUUACAAACGUCUCACGAGACAUCUUCAUUGUCGAUCAUCAAGCAAGUCCUUAAGAAUGAAGGUAUAUUGGCAUUCUAUAAGGGAACUUUACCUCCACUCUUUGGUGUAGGAGUCUGUGUUUCUCUACAAUUCUAUGGGUUCCACGAGGCCAAGAGACAAAUCCUCAACUAUUACGACCAGAGCAACUUAAAUCUCUGGCCACAAACAUAUAUUGCAGGUGCCGUGGCUGGUAUAGUCAAUACUCCCGUAGCUGGCCCUAUAGAACAAUUACGUAUCUUGAGUCAGUCGAAUACUUCCACCACUAAGAAUAGUCUAAGCGACACCGUGAAAAGAAUAUACCAGACCGAAGGCAUAGUCAAUGGGAUAUAUAGAGGGUUUGGGAUCACUUUAUUGCGUGAAAUCCAAGCCUACGGUGUCUGGUUUCUCACGUACGAAACGUUGAUCCAGCAGAUCAUAGACUUGCAACACUAUAAAUCGAGGAACGAUAUCAGCACACCAGAAUUGUUGGCCAGUGGUGCUUUGGCAGGUAAUGCCUUGUGGUUGUCGUCGUAUCCUAUAGAUGUGAUCAAGUCGAACAUUCAGUCUGACAAGUUCGGCAGUGCCAGUAAGUUCAAUGGCAGAAUCAGUGCUGCUACGAGAUACAUCUACCAGACCCAUGGACUCCGUGGAUUCUGGAGAGGUAUUGUACCUUGCUUAUUAAGAGCCGUCCCUUGUAGUGCAGGCACGUUUGCCAGUGUAGAACUUGCGUUGAGAUUAAUGGGUUAG